AUGCUCAUAUUGAGACAUAUCACCAACGACCACUCCCCGAUUCGCUACGUUCCGGCCCUAGACUCGUGGACUCCCCAGGGCCUCCUCACAGAAACCCGGUCGGCGCAGCCAGCUCGAUCCAAUGCUGCCGUCAUAUGCAUCUGCAAUGUCGAAGGUGACGCCGAGACACCAUGCCACUGGCUAUUCCAAUGGAUAUCCACCUUCCAACAGGUUGGAGUUCUCGCCACACAGAUACCAGCCUCGGACUGCGACGCCCUCAUUAAGACGCCGACGACAGUUUAUAUUUCGCCUUGGGGUAGUUCUUGUCCUCGGGGCUUUCGCGUGCUUUGUGUGGCCAGGCUUUGCAACCGUGGUUUCCCUAUUGCCAUUGAGUCUUCUCGGCAACAGCGGGUUAUCCCAGAUCGAGACCGUUCGGUAUUACGACCUGUCUAAUGUCCAGGGCACCGCACGGGGAUGGGAACGAGAGGAGCGCAUUCUCAUGUGCAUUCCUCUGCGCGAUGCGGAAGCACAUCUGACCAUGUUCUUCUCUCAUUUGCGCAACUUUACCUACCCUCAUCAUCUUAUCGAUCUCGCCUUCCUCGUCUCGGACUCCAAGGAUAGGACGUUGGAAGUACUUGUUGAAAACUUGGAGAAGAUCCAGGCGGACGAGGAUGAAAACCAGUGGUACGGAGAGAUCUCCAUCAUCGAGAAGGACUUUGGCCAAAAGGUCAACCAGGAUGUGGAGAGUCGCCACGGAUUUGCCGCCCAGGCAAGCAGACGAAAGCUGAUGGCACAGGCUCGUAACUGGCUUCUCAGUGCCGCCCUGCGUCCAUAUCAUUCAUGGGUCUACUGGAGAGAUGUGGAUGUGGAAACUGCUCCGUUCACGAUCCUGGAGGACCUGAUGCGUCACAACAAGGACGUCAUCGUUCCAAAUGUCUGGCGCCCACUUCCCGACUGGCUUGGUGGAGAGCAGCCGUACGACUUGAACUCGUGGCAAGAGUCCGAGACUGCUCUAGCUUUGGCAGAUACUUUGGACGAGGACGCCGUGAUCGUAGAGGGCUACGCCGAGUAUGCCACUUGGCGACCUCACCUGGCCUAUCUUCGCGACCCUUAUGGUGAUCCCGACAUGGAGAUGGAGCUUGAUGGUGUCGGAGGCGUCAGUAUCCUUGCCAAGGCCAAGGUCUUCCGCUCUGGCUGCCAUUUCCCGGCCUUCAGUUUCGAGAAGCAUGCUGAGACUGAAGGGUUCGGCAAGAUGGCCAAGAAGAUGGGCUACUCGGUUGUUGGGCUGCCGCACUACACUAUUUGGCAUUUGUAUGAGCCCAGUGUUGACGAUAUCAAGCACAUGGAGCAAAUGGAAAGGGAGAGACUUGCACGUGAGGCCGAAGAGAAAAAAAAGGCCGACAAAGAGCAAAAGCUUAAGGAUGCAUUCGCCGACCCCAACAACCAGUGGCAGAAGGAUAAGGCUGCCAUCCAGGACAUCGCUAAGAGCGGUAAGGAUAAAGGCGCAAAAGCGGCGGAUUCGGAAAAGAGUAAGGCUACCGAGAAGGAUGAUGCCACGAAGGACACCGCAGUCAACGCAAAGAAAGCCGACAAGAAGGACGACGAUGCCGACAAGCCAGCAAAGGCCAAGAAAGAAAGCGAGGCAGGCAAAGACACCAAGGCGGCUAAGAAGCAGCAAUAG